GGUUCCACUGUCAAUUUUUUCACUUAUCGAUAGUAACAUCAAUAUGUCGAUAUCGUACUUCGAAUUGCGUGGCAUCUGGUGUUUGAAGAAACAGUUUCAUAUCGAAUUUAAGUAAUUUUAAUUCAGGGGUUACUGUGCAUAAAGAAAACUUUUAUGCUAAAAACGAGACAUUACUGUUUCUCAGUACUUCAUUGUUAAUUGUUCUCUAUACUAUUAAGACAGGCAUGUGCUAAUGCCAGCUUUGAGUCCAGUAUGAUUAAAUUAGUAUCCAGGUAUACUGUUCACUCAUGCUUUGGAGGUACGUCGUAAGUUACAUCGCGUUUUGCAAGGAUCGGAAAACGAAUUUAGGUGUAUUGUGCUUGUACUGUAACCAGUAUUACGGCAUGGCUUGGAGGUCCCAUGGUAGGGAUAAUGCUGAUAUGGUCCGUAAUUUGAGAGCCAAUGGUAUUAUUCGAAGUCAGAUUGUGGAAGAUGUCAUGUUAAAAGUGGACCGUGGAAAGUAUGCUAAAUUCAAUCCAUAUAUGGAUGCUCCUCAAGGAAUUGGUUACGGAGUCACAAUUAGUGCACCACAUAUGCAUGCGCAUGCUUUGGAGUUGCUGAAGGAUCAUCUGAAGGAGGGCGAACAUGCACUUGAUGUUGGAUCAGGGAGUGGGUACCUGACGGUCUGUAUGGCUCUUAUGGUGGGAGAAACUGGCGUAGCUGUUGGAAUUGACCACAUCCCUGAACUUGUGGAAUUUUCACGCAACAACGUACAGAGGGACAAACCCGCGUUACUUGAAAACAACAGGCUUAAGCUGAUGGUUGGAGAUGGGAGGCAAGGCUAUUCGGUGGACGCUCCUUAUAAUGCGAUUCAUGUUGGAGCGGCGUCUCCUUCACUGCCUCAUGACCUCAUAGCGCAGUUGAAGCCCGGAGGACGUUUAAUUGUUCCUGUGGGUCCUGAGGGCGGUAAUCAACAACUGGAACAAAUUGAUAAGAAAGCCGACGGAUCCGUGGCACGGACGCCUCUGAUGGGCGUGGUAUACGUUCCCCUGACGGACAAGGACGCGCAGUGGCCUGGAAGGUUUCAUCAGAAUUCCACCUCAGAUGCUCCCUGCCACGUGCUAAAUUGCUCUCUGUUGUUUGUUUUAAGCGUUGUCUUUCUUCCAUUAAUCUUCAGAAAUGAGCUGUGAGUGGCCACUCCCAAUGAAGUAACUCAUUUUCUGCCCGUCACCCAGGUGCUGCGUGGUUGCGUGACUCCUCCGUAAGUGGAUCUGUCUGAUCGGAUUAAAUCGAGGGAUCCGCGGACUGAUAACCAGUGAACGUGAGAGUUCUCGAACUGAAAAUCACGCUGCGGACCGAUAUCCAUAACAGGACGUCACGAAAUCUCGUGAUGGCCGUUUGAGUCUUAAUUUAUUGUAGUUGUGAUGUAAAAUUUUUGUAGGCAACUCGUAGAAUUAUUUAAAUGGCGUUCUGUUGAAUAAUAACUGCGUCUGUCUCGUAAGUUGAUGUUUCGACUAAUGUAGUAGAAUCUCGCUCUUUUCACGAUGAGGAUUUUCUCUUUCAGAAGCAAAAUGUUUUCUUGUGAUAUGUCGAGAAAAGUGCUUGUGCACGUGCGCACACGCGCGUCCUCUUACGAUAAAUGUCGUGAUAUUUAAAGUGAAGUUUUGUUCGUAUUUUGUGUGAGCUUUAGUUUUCUUGGCUCUGGUGCCAUAUUUCACUGUCGCAAGUAUUUUAUGGAAAGGAAAUUGUUCGAUUUAUGCCGGAUUCAGAAGAAAUGUAAAUCUCGUCAAAUAUUGAACAGGUCCGUUCCGUAUAAGCUGUACAUUGUGCUUUUUUGCCAGUUGUAAGACGUAGUAAUUUAAAGUUAGAAAUGAAAAAUAAAUAUUUUUGUCGGAAUUAAAAUUCUGCUCCGUUGUAAAAUAUUAUGUAUGUAUUAUAAUUUACGUUUGAAUUUUGAGAUUGUGGUUGUGCAUUAUUUGAGCUACUAAGUCAGGGUUGAGUAGAAACAUCGUAAAAAGAAGUCUGAAGGUAAGAAGUGCUGUUUUAUGUGCGGGGUUUCCGGUACCUUCAGUUGCGUGCCCGAAUUUUAUGAGAUUCCCAAAUUUAAUAUCUCGGUAUUUUCGAAUGCAGUCAGAAGCAAAGCUUGAAUUAACGAUUGGAAAUUUUUUUUAAGUUUUAUUUGUUGUAUCUGAUUUAAACUUUUUUGUGUGUUUUGAUGGAGUAAUUUUCGUAUGGUAUUGAGACGUUUCAAAAUUACUGAAAUAUUAUAAAGGCUUGAAAACUGGGAAGUGCUCAACUGGAACUUUCUUUUUGAAGUACCAGAUAGUAACAAGCAUGUGAUGUCAAGUUCCUUUGUGAGUCUGCGUGUUUUCGUUGAAUACCGAUGUUUUUAUUUUAAUUUAAAUGGUUCCACUGUGUUUAGUAAGAACAAAGUAUGUGAAGGUAAUUUAUGAAGUUUUUGUUUCAAAUAUAAUAUUAUUUAUUUGAAA